UAUAAGACAGUUUUGUUUAUUGCGAGAACAUUGACAUUUUAUCAUCAUCCGGUACGUCAAACAUAAAAUCUUUAUUAGCUGUGCACUUCCUAUCAUCUGUACGGUCACAUGAACAGCAUAACGAAGAAAUACAAAGCAAUGUAGUUUUUAGUUUUUGAACCUCGAUUUAAAGAGUUUUAGUGUGUUGAAGAGAUGGAGUGUGGAUCUUUAAAAUGUUGCAUGGUGUGUUUGACAGCGUUGGUGGUUGUCACAUCGGGAGGGAAGAUGAAGAUAGUGGAGGAGCCAAAUACAUUUGGGCUAAAUAAUCAGUUUGUGGCUCAGGGUAAUCGACUUCAGGCAAGAGUUAACCCUUCUCCUGUGUCUGGACCACAACAUCUGCACAGACUUGCAGGAAGAUGCUACAACCUCAUUGAAGCCACGUAUAAAUAUGUGUUCUGCCCAUUUCAUAAUGUAACCCAACAUGAGCAGAGUUUCAGAUGGAACGCAUACAGCGGUAUACUUGGUAUUUGGCAGGAAUGGGAGAUUCAGAAUAACACGUUUACCGGCAUGUGGAUGCGAGAGGGAGAUGCAUGCGGAAACAAAAACAGACAGACCAAGGUGCUGAUGGUCUGUGGUGGAAGCAGUAAACUAGUGAGUGUUUCUGAACCGCAGACGUGCAUUUACUUGGUUACAUUUGAAACUCCACUAGUGUGUCACUCUCACUCUCUUUUAGUUUAUCCGGUAUUGACUGAGAGGUUGCAGAAGGAGUGGGAUGAGAUCGAGCAAGCUCGAUAUGACGAACUGAUCACAGAACAGGGUUAUAAUAAACUGCUAAAGGAGCUGUUUGAAGAGGCCGGUCUUCUGAAAAAAGCUCAACAGCAGCAGAAACCAGAGGAGAGCAUCACAUCUCUCACACAUCACAACCUGGAGGAGUGCACACAGGACUUUGAAAAACAACGAGCUGAAAUUGAACGACUACGCACACUUCUCACACAACAUAACAUCUCCUAUGAGACAACCACAGAAAGGACACAGGACCGGAGCAGUCCGAACCGCUCACAGGUCCAGAACCAGUACCUUCGCGGUGAUGCUGGCUUCAUCGCUGACCUGAACUGAAAUGUCAUGCGGUAUUUCAGCAAACCAGAUUCCCAGGAAUCAAAUCGAACUAAACAUAGAAUCAGGAAAAUACUGUGAGAUUAUGGAAUUUAAUGUUUUUAAGUUGAUUCAGUCCAAAUCGACAAUGUUUUGUGACAAAUAAAGGUUUUAUGACAGGA